GUUGACGUGUGUGUGCGCGAAGAACAGGAAGCGAACAAUUUGAGACUCCGACGCAGAUGCUGCUGUCGACUCCCUUCCUUCUGUGAAUGAUACAGGUUGUGCUCGACUUGUUUGAGCCGUCGAAACGCAAACAGGAGAGCCAGCUGCCGCUAAAGCCGCUCCUUGUGGUUAACUAACUAUUUUGUUUGAGACGUCUCGGCCGUUAGAUCGGGAGCUUGAGCGCGAGGCAAGGGCGUGUUUGAAUCUCGGGUGUUGGACACUCACCACCUCCUCCUCCUCCUCCACCUCCUCCUCACUGGAUGCUAACUCGGUAGCCCUUGCAUGUCGUUGCACGCCUAGUUAAAGUUGUGUUAUAGUCUCCAGAUUUUUUUUUUAUUUAUUCGGAGGAAAGGUGAGAAGAAGAUGGGAUGUACGCUGAGCACGGACGACAAGGCGGCGCAGGAGCGCAGCAAGAUGAUCGACAGGAAUCUGCGGGACGACGGAGAAAAAGCUGCCCGGGAGGUCAAGCUGCUUCUGCUCGGUGCUGGAGAGUCCGGGAAGAGUACGAUUGUCAAACAGAUGAAGAUCAUCCACGAGGCGGGCUACUCAGAGGAGGAAUGUAAGCAGUACAAGGCCGUUGUCUACAGCAACACCAUCCAGUCCAUCAUCGCCAUCAUCAGAGCCAUGGGACGCCUCAAGAUCGACUUUGCUGAUGCACCCAGAGCGGAUGAUGCGCGGCAGCUGUUCGUGCUGGCGGGUUCAGCAGAAGAGGGCUUCAUGACAGGCGAGCUCGCCGGGGUCAUCCAGCGGCUUUGGAAAGACGGAGGAGUUCAGGCCUGCUUCAGCCGCUCCCGAGAGUACCAGCUCAACGACUCUGCAGCAUACUACCUGAAUGACCUGGACAGGAUAUCCCACGGUGCUUAUGUGCCCACCCAGCAGGAUGUGUUGAGGACCAGAGUCAAAACUACUGGCAUUGUGGAAACACACUUCACUUUCAAGGACCUGCACUUCAAAAUGUUUGAUGUGGGCGGACAGAGAUCAGAGAGGAAGAAGUGGAUCCAUUGCUUUGAGGGAGUCACCGCCAUCAUCUUCUGUGUGGCUCUGAGUGACUACGACCUGGUGCUGGCCGAGGACGAGGAGAUGAACCGAAUGCACGAGAGCAUGAAGCUGUUCGACUCCAUCUGCAACAACAAGUGGUUCACAGACACCUCCAUCAUCCUCUUCCUCAACAAGAAAGACCUGUUUGAGGAGAAGAUCAAAAAGAGCCCACUCACAAUCUGCUACCCAGAAUAUGCAGGCUCCAACACCUACGAGGAGGCAGCCGCCUACAUUCAGUGCCAGUUUGAAGACCUGAACAAGAGGAAGGACACCAAGGAGAUCUACACCCACUUCACCUGUGCCACCGACACCAAGAACGUGCAGUUUGUGUUCGAUGCCGUCACUGACGUCAUCAUCAAGAACAACCUGAAGGACUGCGGCCUUUUCUAAAGGCAGCCCGGUCGGCCGGCUUUCCAAGUGACUUUAUUGAAGGGGACUCUGAGUGGAGGGGACGAGAAUGAGAAUGUCACUUUUAACCUCUUAUUAACUUAUGUUCAUCUCUAAAAGUUUUAAAGACGGUGUGUAGAAAAAACAUUUUGUGUAAAGUAUUUGUACAACUGUCUAUGGCCGGGGAUUUUUCACAGUUUUUAAAAUGUGCUUGUUUUACCUUACUAUCAUUAUUUUAAAUUUUUAUAUAAGAAGGGGGGCCUUGACAUUUUUUUUUUCUCUUUUUUUUCUUCUUUUUUUUUUGUCCAUGAAUGAACACUUUUUGUCUUUUUGUUUGUAGGUGCUUGUGCCUUGCAUGCCUUAGUUGCAGUGUUUGCUUUUUGUUGAGUUAGAUGUUAGCUUCACGUAGAUGUUAUCCCGCCGCCACCCCUCGUCUAUUAUCGAUUUCUUUCUGGUUAUUUCAAAGUCGCAUUAUUUUUGCCUCCUUGGACAAACCAAGCAAGACCAAGUCACUCUGUAGACCAAUUCACUCUGACUCUGACAUACUGUGAGAGCUGCGUGUAAACCUUUUCAGAUGUGUGGUUUGCAUGUGUGCUGCGAGUGGGAGCUUUUGUUGUGAUCAAAAGCCAGUGUGAAUGAUGGCAUGUAUGUGUGUGUGUCUGUGUGAAUGUGUGCACAAUAUAAAAACAAAGGGACUUUAUUCCUCUACUUGUCAUCCUCUUUCAAAGUUUUAUUUUUCUAAAUGACCAAAAAAAAAACAAAAACAAAAAAAAAAGAAGCUACUCGCUGAUUAAUGAGUGCACGUUGCUGGUGCGCCGCUACAAACUGUAACAUUCCUGAUUGAAUCAUGAAGCAAAGAGAAGCUUUGAAAAGAGGAUGCCAAUGGCGGCCUUGUAGCAGACGGUAGGACCAUAUGUAGAUCUGUGUUCAGUGCGUAGACAGACGGACAGGUGGAGUACAGGUGCACCGUUAUUGAUCAUGAUCCGUGAUGGUUUCAAGUUACAUAUCCCCCUUAGACCCCCAACCCUCUGUUUCCAUUGGACGGGCACAUUAGUGGACUAAUCUCCAUGAUUUUGCUAAUAAAAGAGUUGCUAUGGUAAAACUAUGGUGACUUAUGCAAUAAA